AAUGAUAAUUAGAAAAAGAUGGAAGAUGGCAAUAUAGAUUUGGUGUCUAAAUAAUACAUAUACAUACAUGAGUUUUGACCAAUGUGUAUAGGUAACAUAUAUGAAAUAAUUUUGUAAACAAGUUUUGUGGUCAGUUUGUGUCAGUCCAGCCGCGAUAAUCAUGAUUUUAAUUAUAACAUUUGCCCCGUCGUUUAUUAGAAAAAUCGUGUGUGAAUUGUCAUUUUUAACGUUUAUAACAAUUGUGAAAAAUGUCGAAACAAAAAAGAAAUGAUGACAUUUACGAAGAUUUGGAGGAUGAAUUGAAAAAAAAUUUGAGAAGUGAAAAAAGAGUACGCCGAGUGAGUGACGUUAUUGACAGUAUGGGAGAUCGAGAAAUAGUAUCAGGAGAUUAUCGUACGUCCAAACAAUCCAAAGCAACCAAGCUAGAUGAGAUAUCACCGGAUCAGGGAUGCAUCAUGACACCAGAAUCUGUUAAUAUUUUUAUGCCCGAAUGGCUAAUAAGAAAAUCUGACGUUCUAGAUGCAACUCCAAAUAAUAAUUUAGAAGAAGAUGAUAGAAAUGAAGCUGCAAGCAGUUCUGUGUCAUUGGCAAAAAUGUCAACAACCAAGGAUGCACAUUGUUACAAUAUGAAUCAUAAAUAUCGAGGGAAAUGUGUAAUUUUUAAUCAUGAUAUAUUUGACACUGGAUUUGAAAAGAGAGAAGGAUCAACAAACGAUGCAAAAAGAAUUCAAAAGACUUUUCAAAAUCUCGGCUUUAUUAUUGAGUUACUUGACAAUUUAAAGCAUAAUGAAAUCAUUGGAAAAAUUGAAAAACUUCAAAAUGAAGACCACAGUGACAAUGAUUGUAUUUGCAUCUUUGUUUUAACACAUGGAUUAACCAAUGAUCUUAUAUGCGCCAAGGACGUUGCCUAUAGUUCAGACAAUAUUUGGAAGCCAUUUACAGCUGAUAAAUGUAUUUCCCUCGCUGGAAAACCUAAACUAUUUUUUUUUCAG